AUGUCGGGCGACUACGAGGAGGACGUGUGCCGCAGCGCCCUGACGCUGGUCAAGGAGCUCUGCUUCUCCCUGCGCGCCCUGGAGCAGCACGAGAAGUGCCUGGAGUUCACCGACCUGCUCCGCAACCGCGGUCACCCCCGGCCCUCCGAUGCCGACAUCUCGGUGAGCCUGCUGUCGGUGAUCGUCACCUUCUGUGGCAUCGUGCUGCUGGGUGUCUCACUCUUCGUCUCCUGGAAGCUCUGCUGGGUGCCCUGGCGCGACAAGGGGGUGCCAGGGGCCGCCCCACGGAAGGAGCCACCCCACGGCACCCCGGGGCCCUUCGGGGAGCUGCUGCCAGAGGCGGGCGCCUCCUCACCCGAACGCGCCUACCUGGACAUGGGCGCCCGGCCCGAGGCACCGCUGCGGCCCAGCCUGACGUCGCCCGAGCUGCCGCUGGAGAAGGAGCCUGGUGCUGGUGGGCUGCCCAGUGCCCUCUCGCAGCAGCCUGUGGCCGCCCCACCACCCGCUGCCCCCAGGCGCCCUUGUGACCUAACCCUCCACCUUCCCCGCAGGUACAACCCACGACCCGCCGCCCCGCAACCUCCCAGCCCGGACGCCGGGGUCCACGGCGCCAUCACCGCCGGCGAGGACAAAGCCGAGCAGGCCACCAGCAUCGGGCAGAUCAAACCGGAGCUCUACCAACCCGGCGAGACGGAGGCGCGGGCGGGCGCCGGGGCGCCCUGCGGCCGCCUGAGCUUCGCCGUGCGCUACGCCUACGGCUCGGAGCAGCUGGUCGUGCGCAUCCUGCGCGCCCUCGACCUGCCCGCCAAGGACGCCAACGGCUUCUCCGACCCUUACGUCAAGAUGUACCUGCUGCCCGACCGCAAGAAGAAGUUCCAGACCAAGGUGCACCGCAAGACCCUCAACCCCGUCUUCGACGAGACCUUCAGCUUCGGCGUGCCCUUCGCCGAGCUGCCCGCCCGCCGCCUCCACUUCAGCGUCUACGACUUCGACCGCUUCUCCCGGCACGACCUCAUCGGCCAGGUGGUGCUCGACAACCUCCUGGAGGCGGCCGAGCGCGACGCCGAGACGCCCAUCUGGAGGGACAUCCUGGAGGCCACCGCGGAGAAGGCCGACCUGGGUGAGGUGAACUUCUCGCUGUGCUACCUGCCCACAGCCGGGCGCCUCACCGUCACCAUCAUCCGGGCCUCCAACCUGCGUGCCAUGGACCUCACCGGCUACUCGGACCCCUACGUGAAGGCGUCGCUGAUGGCCGAGGGCCGGCGCCUCAAGAAGCGCAAGACGUCCAUCAAGAAGAACACGUUGAACCCCAGCUACAACGAGGCGUUGGUGUUUGACGUGCCGCACGCGAGCGUGCACAGCGUCAGCCUCACCAUUGCCGUGCUCGACUACGACUGCAUCGGGCACAACGAGGUGAUCGGGAUGUGCCGCGUGGGCAGCGACGCCGAGGGGCCGGGCCGCGAGCACUGGGCCGAGAUGCUGGCGAACCCCCGCAAGCCCAUCGAGCACUGGCACACGCUCGUGGAGGAGAAGGCCCUGGGCAGCCUCGUGUCCAAGAAACCGGCCGUGAUGGAGCCGGGCUGCGAGUGACGGCGCCGCCGGCCCGGCCGGGGGGGCCCCGAGCCCGAAGCCAUAGGG